AUGGCUCCAAGCCCAAAGUUUAGACGCCACCAAGCUUUAUGCUUAGCCAUAGUUGUUUUCUAUCGUAGGUAUGAGGCCAUAGGAACCAGUAAAAAAGGUGGUGGUUCCAAACCUGCUCGAGGGAGGGGUCGGGGUAGAGAUGACAUUACCACCAGGCUUCGUGAUGAAAGCGCUGAUGAAGAAUCUGAAGAGGAGGAGUACUCAUCUGAAUCGGAGUCUAGUAAUGCAAGGUCCGGGAUUGACGGAUCCGGUAAUGAAGGGUCUGGGAAUGAAGGAUCCAGUAAUAAAGGGUCCGGGAAUGAUGGUUCCAAUAAUGAAGGGUCUGGUGCCGAGCGGUCCGUUACAGUAAGCAGGUCUGACAAUGAACAAGUCUGGGCGACAGAUGCGGGUUCCAAACCAGACGACUCCUCAGCCCGAUCUCGGGAGUCGAAAGCUAAGGGUGACUCUAGUGAUGAUAGUGCUAUGGGGCACAGCCGGGCUGAACUCCGUUCUAAAAAAAUGUAG